AUGGGUAAUAGCCUUAAUCGAGAGAUAAGAACGCUAACUUCUCAAGGUGAUGAAAAAUUUUCUAUUGGAUAUUACAAAGAAGCGCUUUCAUUAUUUUCUCAGGCCGUCGAGAAAUUUCCUGAUAUGGAGUUUAAAGACAAAUAUAUCAACCAGGAUUUAUCUAAUUUAUACCGUCGAAUUGCCUAUACGUACUUGAAUACUCAUCAGUACAAAGAAGCAAAUGAAUUUUGUGAUAAAUCUUACAAUUGUGCCAGUCUAAUUGAUAACAAACUAUCCAUGGCUCACUGUAUGGAUAUUUACGGGCAUAUUAAAAAGAUCUGGGAUCAGUACGAGGAAGCAUUACAUGAUUAUCAAAUGGCAUUAAAGUACAAGAUUGAAUCUGUAGGAGAAGAUAAUGGCAAUAUUAUUCAUUCAUACAAUAAUAUAGCUGGAAUUUAUUCCUUAACUGGAAAUCUAAGUGAAGCAUUAAUCAUGGAAAAGAAGUGCUUAAAGUUACAAGUAAAGUUGACGGGUGAAAAUUGUUUGCACGUCGCAACUUUAAAUAGCAAUAUUGGAUAUCUCAUGGAAAUGCUUAACAGUCUUGAUGAAGCACUCCUAAUGUUUAAUAAAGCAUUAAAGAUUCAACUGAAAGUAUUAGGAUCCAAUAAUAAGCAUGUUGCUUUAACCUACAGUAAAAUGGGUUCGGUACUUUAUUUACAACAUAAACACGAUGAAGCUUUAGCAAUGUUCCAUAAAUCACUAAGUAUUGAUUUAAAAAUAUUGGGAGAAAAUCAUUUGCGGGUCGCAGCGACGUACAAAAAUAUCGGAAAAUUGUAUUACACACAGAUGAGAUAUGAUGAUGCUAAUUGCUUAUUUUAUAAAGCAUUGAAGAUUCAACUAGAAAUUUUAGGAGAACACCAUAGCCUAACCGGUGGUAUCUAUCACAACAUUGCAUCCGCAUAUCAAGCACAACAUCAGUAUAAUGAUGCUUUGCAUUAUCAUCAAAAAGCAUUGAAAAUUUUACUUGAGAUUUAUGGAGAGAAAAGCUCUAAUGUUGCUAAAUGUUAUCAGAAAUUGGGGAGCACUUAUUUUUCGCUUAAAAGAUUCAGCGAAGCUCUAACUAUGUAUACUAAGGCUGUUAACAUCCUUAUUGGCGAAUGCGGGGAAGAUGAUCUUCAUAUUGCAACGCUCUAUUAUAAAAUGGGUAAAGUCUAUCAUAUGUUAAAAAAGUAUAAGGAUGCCCUAUCUUUACAUCAGAAAGGGUUAAAAAUUCGGAUUGGAAUACUCGGAGAGAAUGAUAAAUGGGUAGCUAAAUCGUAUAGCGAACUAGCCAAGGCCUAUACCAUGCUCGAUGAUCGACAUGAAGAUGCUCUAUCUAUGCUUGAUGCAUGUCUCCAAUUACAGCUAAAAUUUUACGGUAGGAAUAACAGUUCUGUGGCAGCUACAUAUAUCAAUAUGGCUAGCCUUUAUAUUGCCGAUAAAGAUUAUGACGAAGCUGUAGCUGUGUACCAAGAAGCAUUAGAAAUCAGCCAGAACUUGCAGAAUAACGAAAAUAGCCCAAAAGUAGGAGAUUGCUAUUAUAAUCUUGGUUCCAUCUAUGCACUACAAAAUCGAUAUGAAGAAUCGUUAACAAUGUAUAAGAAAUCUAUCGACAUCAGGAAAGAAUCAAACGACGAGAGUAGUAGUAUCGUCGCCAUGACUUACAGCGAAAUUGCAUCUGUUUACCGUUCACAAAAAUUAUGCAAUGAUGCACUAUCAAUGUAUCAGAUAUCGCUUAAAAUUCAGAAAGAGCUAUCAUCAAACAGUCGUGAAGUUGGAGUUUUAUAUCAAUGUAUAGCAAGUUGUUAUCAGUGUUUAAAUAAAUACGUCGAUGCGUUAUCAAUGUACGAAAAUGCACUAAAAGUUUACUUGGAACUCGAUGGCAAAAAUAGUCUAGCUGUCGCUAAAAUAUAUUGUAGUAUGGCAGAUGUUUAUCGAUUACAAAGUAAAUAUGUCGACGCCAUAUCGAAUUAUAAAACAACAUUUAGCAUUUGGAUGGAAGUGGAAUCUCUGAAAAAUAAAGAGAUUGAGGCAUACAACAGCCUGCUGAAAGAGUCAGAGUCAGGAAUCGGUAACUUUGAUGAAUCUGCUGUAUGUGACAAAUUUUCCGCUUUAAGUUAUGAAAUACAGAAAUUGCUCCAACAUUCUUUCAAUAUCGACGGCAGUAAGCUAACUGCAAUUAUUCAACCAUCAACACAUGAAGAAGGGAACGAAGAUGAUCAGCCAAAGUUGGAAUUUUAA